AUGAGACAGGCUGUCCUCCUGGCUGUGGCUCUGGCCGCCCUCCUGGCCCCAGCGGCCGGGGUGCCCAUCCACCAGCGGGGCUCUCGGAACAAGCUGCUCCUGGUGUCCUUCGACGGCUUCCGCUGGAACUAUGACCAGGACGUGAACACCCCCAACCUGGACGCCAUGGCACGCGAAGGCGUGAAGGCCCGCUACAUGACCCCCCCCUUCACCACCAUGACCAGCCCCUGCCACUUCACCCUGGUCACUGGCAAGUACAUCGAGAACCACGGCGUGGUGCACAACAUGUUCUACGACACCAAGACCAAGGUGAAGCUGCCCUACCACGCCACCCUGGGCAUCCAGCGGUGGUGGGACAACGGCAGCCUGCCCAUCUGGAUCACCGCCCAGAGGCAGCGGGCCAACGUGGACACGGUGAUGAAGUGGUUCACAGAGGACGGCCUGGACCUGGUCACUCUCUACUUCGGGGAGCCAGACUCCACGGGCCACAAGUUCGGCCCCGAGUCCCAGCAGAGGAAGGACAUGGUGCAGCAGGUGGACAGGACGGUGGGGUACCUGCGGGACAGCAUCCGGCGCAGCGGCCUCGAGAGCAGCCUCAACCUGAUCGUGACGUCCGACCAUGGCAUGACCACUGUCCUCAAGAAAGCCAGCGACCUGGUGGAGCUCCACAGCUUCCCCAAUUUCACCUUCAAGGACGUCGACUUUGAGCUGCUGGACUACGGGCCCAACGGGAUGCUGGUCCCCAAGGCAGGGAAGCUGGAGGCGGUGUAUCAGGCCCUCAAGGAUGCGCACCCCAAGCUCCACGUCUACAAGAAGGAGUCCUUCCCCAAGUCGUUCCACUACGCCAAUAACUCCCGGGUCACGCCGCUGCUCAUGUACAGUGACCUUGGCUACGUCAUCCAUGGGAGGGUGAAUGUGCAGUUCAACAACGGGGAGCACGGCUUCGACAACUCGGCCAUGGACAUGAAGACCAUCUUCCGGGCGGUGGGCCCCAGCUUCCGGAGGGGCCUGCAGGUGGAGCCCUUCGAGAGCGUCCACGUGUACGAGCUGCUGUGCAAGCUGCUGGGCAUCGUGCCCGAGGCCAACGACGGGCACCUCAGCACCCUGCUGCCCAUGCUCACGUCCGAGGCCGUCGAUGGGGGCCCCAGCACCUCGAUGCCCACAACCACAUCAGGUGAGGCCCUCCGCCUGCGCCCUCGCUGCCACCAGGCGGCUGCUGGUGGGCGUGCCCGCCCCGUGAACAGGGUGCCCACCAGCUGCGUGGGCCGCCUCUCCUCCCCUGUCCCCGACAUUCCCACGACACCUGGCGUUGCAGGGCAUGCCCCGCACCUCAGCAGUGCAGGGGAUGAGCCGGUGGGACGCGCCUCUUGA